UGGCGCAGUCGGAGCGUUAAAGCAGGAGGACGAGAAAAAUGUGUUUCCCAACUGAUGUGAGCUGGUUAAUUAAACCUCGGGGGCUGCAGGAAAAGUUCCAGAAAAGUUCCAGAGACACUGAGAGCAUUCAAUCACUGGAAUGUUUUGUGACUGUUGGAAUAAGUCUUUGUUGGUGUAAUCGAAUCAGAAUUAAUGUCAUUCCUGUUUAGGGGCGUCUUCUCCUACGUGAAGAGAGUGACUCAGAAGAAGGGAAAGGCCGAGUUUGCCGCCAAGUUCAUUUCGGCGCGAGGGAAGAGGAAGGCGUCGGCCCUCAGAGAGAUGGAGCUUCUGUCGGAGCUGGACAACGAGAGGGUUCUUUAUUUCCACGACGCCUUCGAGAAGAAGGACGUGGUGGUGCUCAUCACGGAGCUAUGCCACGAGGAGUUUCUUGAGAGAAUGGCCAAGAAAACCACCGUCAUGGAGCAGGAGAUCCGCUGCAGCGUUCAGCAGGUGUUGGAGGGUCUUCGUUAUCUCCACCAGAAAAACAUUGCCCACCUCGAUAUGAAGCCCGAGAAUAUUUUAAUGGCAAGUCCAGGGAGGGACCAGAUCCGAAUUUGUGACUUUGGAAAUGCCAUAAAACUGGAGACGUCGGAGGAGUACUACUGCAAAUACGGCACGCCGGAAUACAUCGCACCAGAGAUCGUUAACCAAACUCCAGUUUCCACGGCAACAGACAUAUGGCCUGUCGGUGUCAUCACUUACCUCUGCCUGACGGGCGUGUCUCCGUUCGCUGGAGAGAACGACCGAGCCACUGCCUUGAACAUCCGUAACUACAACGUGGCGUUUGAGGAGAGCAUGUUUUCUGACCUCUGUAAAGAAGCAAAGGGAUUUGUCAUCAAACUCUUGGUGGUGGACCGACUGAGGCCGAGUGCAGCCGAGUGCCUGCGCCAUCCUUGGUUCAAGUCACCGACGAACAAGAGCAUCAGUACGGCCAUGCUGAAGCAAGUUUUAUCAAGGAGGCGAUGGCAGCGUUCCCUCAUCAGCCAUAAAGCCAAGAUGAUUAUGCGUUCGAUCCCGGAGCUCCUGAAUGACUCAUCCAGCCACGUCUCCAUCGCUGUGGCACGACAUUUAAAAGAAGGCUCCCCACCGCUGUCCUCCUCCUCUGACUCAGACGCAGACGUAGACGAGCUUCCCUUCAUUCCUAUGCCACUGUCCAUGGUCUUCUCCGGGUCCAGGGUCUCCCUUAACGAGAUCCCAGGGGAGGAAGACGGUCCAGGAUGGCCCAGUGUCGCCACUGAUGGGACAAGGAAAGUGGACAAUUUAGAUAGAACUAGUCCGAGAGCAGCAGCUGGGAAAGGUUUGACUGAUCAAGAGCGAACUCCAAAUGGGGAGAAAACAGGAAAGUCAAAACGAGUUCCUCUGAAAAAAGGAUCAAGUGUGGAGUCCGACGAAUCAGAGACAAAAUCCAGGAGGGCGACCAUGAGGAGAGGAAGUUCUGCUGACUCAGCACUGCUGCUCCACAUUGACCCAGAAGAGGAAAAGGCCAACGAGGACUCAGAAGCAAGUAACAAGAGUCUGAAAAAGGCUGUUUCCAUGGAGCUACCCAAUCGCAGCCCAAGUCCUGGAGCGGCAAAGUUAAGCCAGGAGGAUUAUGCUCUGAAACUGGAGCUGAUGAGACAGCGGCUGCUCAGGGGAGGAAGCGUGGACAAAAAGAUGAGCGGCCUGCGAGGGCCCUUGUUUGAAACACUGGGUAUGGACGAUCAGAGGCAAACGGGAUCUUUAGAUCGAAAUCUGAGGAGAUCCAGAGCAGCGCCGCCAACAUUCACCAGAGCAGCGUCUUCUGAGACUCCUGGCGAGGACACACCAAAGACCAAAGUGUUUCGCAAAAGCUCCUCCUUCACUCAAGGGGAUUCUGAACCAAUGCCGCUGCACCGCCGGUUCGGAGCACCCUUAGAGAUCCCAUCUGUGGGCGGUGGGAGCAUAGAAGGGAAAAAGCUCCAGGAGGCGACCUCGAUGUCCGCACUCACAGAACAAACCACACUGGAGUCUGUGUCUACCUCCCCCACAGAGAAAGACUCGUUUAAACUCCCGACGAGAGGAGUGGACCAACAGCAGAAACAGAACAAUGUGAGAGAACACGAGGAAACAGAGAAAAGGACCAAAACCCAGUUAGAACUAAUAGAAGGAGUCGAACCUGAGUCCAGAUCGCCCUCUGUAGUCACUCCCAUUAUUGUGAUAGAGGAGGAGGAUGAGCAAGACGACAGGAAGGAGAACCCGGAGUUACAUGUUAGUGAGAAUGAUGCGAGAGAGGAUGAGACGACAUCUGCUGAUGAAAGAAUCACUCACGGUGUUUCAGGAGCGAUUCAAACAUCUGGAACAUCCAAAGACCCUGCAGCUACUUUGAGGCCAAAUGGUACAGAUCUCCCUGCAUUUCCUGAACAUCCAGCAGUGUUUGCCAAAGUCGCAAGUGCUGACCGAUCUCCUGCGUCUGUUUCCACGUCGUCAAAUCCGGAUCUUGCUGCCGCGGCGCGCCAGCCCGUGCUCAGAACCGACAUCAAGGACAUUGACUCAGAAGAGGUGUUUGAAGCCAGGUUUAAGAAACGAGAGUCGUCUUUGACCCGCGGACUCAGAAAGUUGACCAGAAACAAAUCAGAGGAGAGAUCCCCGGGCCUGAGCCGCAAGGCAGCGGAGGGGGGUGAAGAGGUUUACAGGCCGGGUGCGAGGGGAGCGCCUCUAGAAGUGGUUUCCAAGGGACUGCAGGAGAAAUCCAAGUCUGUUCAAGAUUUAAGAGACGAAGACAAGGAGACAGGACUCGGACGCAUUGGGAGGUUUUCCUUGCGGGGGAAGAAAUCAGUAUCUGUUGAUAAGAAGGGGGAGAAGCCAAAAGAGGAAAAGAGUCAGGAUGUGCAGGAAUCUGUCGGCAAGAGGGUUUCGUGGGCCCUCGGCCGCAGCAAGUCCCUGGACACGAAGGAGCUGAAAAGUGCAGAGAGGGAGCAAAGAAAAGCUGAUGAGUCCACGGUUUCUUCUAUGAGGCGCAAGUUUGAGUCCAAAGUGGCCGGAAUUUCUGCCAAAAUAAGGACGCAGUCGGAGGAGAGGAAGGAUAAAGAUGCUGAAGGAAGUCAGAAAGACCUGGCGCUGAAGGCGGACUUAAAAAAAGUCACAGACUCCCCCGUCCUGGCCAUGCGACAGAAGUUUGAGAACAAAGUGGCAGAAAUAUCCACAAAGAUCCGCAGUCAGUCUGAGGAGAGGAAGGGAGAAGCAGAGGGGAAGAGGACGCCGCUGUUUACUCGCCACCGUCACUCCCAAUCUGAGGGGCGGGGCCCCCAAGCAAUGGGCAUCCCUGAGAAUCAACUGGCCAAACAGGCCGGCUCCGGCGCUUCCAAAGAAUCCAUUGAAUCCACGUCGAGCUUCCAAUCUGAAAAAGCCUCGGAGAGCGACAGGCGAUCACGGUGGGACAGGUGGGGUUUGACAAGAGGCAAGAAAGACAAAACUCCCUCUCAGUCUGAUCUGCCCUCGUCCGUCCCCAAAGAGGAGGGGUUGUCGAACAGCCAGCAGUUCAUCCGCUCUGCGUCCGACUUCGCUCCCGUGUUCCACAUCAAGCUGAAGGACCACAUCUUAUCGGAGGGGGACCCUGUGACGCUCAGCUGCCUUCCUGCUGGAAGCCCACAUCCAGAAAUCACAUGGAUGAAAGAUCGUAAAUCUCUGGAGGUGGAUGACAGGAUCAACCUGAUCUCUCACCCCGAUGGCAGACAGCUUCUUACGAUCAUGAAGUCGAGCCGGAGGGACACUGGGAUUUACGAAUGUGUAGCUACCAACCCGAUCGCUACUACCACCACCUCCUGCACGCUCUCCAUAGCUAGUGUCCCAAAGCGGCCGGGGACCCCUGAAAUCCCUCAGACGUACAACAACACGGCCCUGGUGCUGUGGAAACCAGCCGACAGCAAGUCGCCCUGCAGCUACACGCUCGAGAGGAAAACAGAGGGAGAUUCAAAGUGGCUGAGCGUAGCGACCAGAGUUGUUGACUGCUACUACAACGUCACAAACCUGCCUCCAGGGGGCGCCUUCAGGUUCCGUGUCUCCUGCGUCAACAAGGCGGGACAGGGGCCGCACAGCAACUCCUCCGCUCCAGUGCGCCUGGGCUCCGCAGAUGGCGGUCCGUCACCCACUGUCGCUGUCGUAAAAACUGUCCCGACACCACCUGAACCCGCGGCCCCCUCUUCAGUGGCCGUGCCUCCGGUCAAACCAGUCCACAGUGCUCCCAGGGUGACGGUCUCCACCAUCCCCUCUCCGAGGGAUCCAGCGCCCCCAGCAGUGGUGACGCCCACCCCUCCGUCCUCUCUGCCCUCCAGCGACGCAGCGAGCGCUCCCCCAGCAGCAGAGCAGCCUCACAAGACGACCUCCAGUCUUCCUUCUUCACCCACAGUCAAACCCCCUCCGACCUUUGUCCUCCCCAAACCCCAGAGUCCAGUAAACGUGGUGACCCCGAUGACCCAGACCCCACCCAUAUCGCCGCCACCUCCGCUUGUAACCCCGCCUUCAACUCCCACAAAACCAGCCGUGGCCUCUGUGCCCUCGUACGUUCCCACCGCCACCAUCACCGCUCGGGUGGCGCCGUCUCCUGUCUCCUUUACCCCCCCAGUGCUCCAGACGUCCAGUUUGAGCCCCAUCGCUGAAGGGGCCCGCACCCCGACCAGAGGGACCCCGUCAGGACGCACCACGCCCUCCACCGCCCUCCGGCAGGGGGUCCCGCAGAAACCUUACACCUUCCUGGAUGAGAAAGUCAGAGGUCGUUUUGGCGUGAUUCGGGAGUGUCGAGAGAACGCCACGGGUAAAAUCUACAUGGCGAAGAUCAUUCCCUACAGUCAGGAAAACAAGCAGGACAUCCUGAAGGAGUACGAGAUCCUGAAAUCGCUUCACAAUGAAAAGGUGAUGGCGCUGCACGAAGCCUACGUCACGCCGCGCUACCUGGUGCUGGUGGCGGAGUACUGCACCGGCAAAGAGCUGCUGUACAGCCUGAUCGACAGGUUCCGUUUCUCCGAGGACGACGUGGUGGGGUACCUGGUCCAGAUCCUCCAGGGCGUCGAGUACCUGCACAAUCGCCGCGUCCUCCACCUGGACCUCAAGCCCGACAACAUCCUGGUGACCAACCUCAACGCCAUCAAGAUCGUGGACUUUGGGAGCGCGCAGACCUUCAACCCCCUCAGCCUCAAACACCGAGACUCAGGAGCAGGAACGCUGGAUUACAUGGCUCCUGAGAUGGUGAAAGGGGAAGUGGUCGGUCCGCCGGCCGACAUGUGGACUGUCGGAGUCGUCACCUUCAUCAUGCUCAGCGGUCGACUGCCCUUCGAAGAUAAAGACCCUCAACAGGUCGAAUCCAAAAUCCUGAUGGCGAAGUUUGACCCAACUAAACUUUAUCCAAACGUGUCCCAAAGUGCCUCCGCCUUCCUCAAGAAGAUGCUGAGCAGUUACCCGUGGUGAGACGUCCCGUCCGACU